CCAAUUCACAGUCCCGAUAAUUGAGAUGAACAAACUCGUAGUAGUGCUGCUGAUUCAGCUGAACACAAAGCAGAAGCAACACCCCAAUUAGAUCUCCCCAAAUCCAAAACCCUAGAAAUAAAUACAGUAAUCAAUCAAUCAAUCAUGCCAUUCUUCAAAACCCCCUUCAAUGGCUACUCUGUCAAGUUCAGCCCCUUCUACGAGCACCGCCUCGCCGUCGCCACCUCCCAGAACUUCGGCAUCCUCGGCAACGGCCGCCUCCACGUCCUCGACCUCUCCCCCUCCGGACCCAUCUCCCAAUUCGCCUCCUUCGACACCGCCGACGGCGUCUACGACCUCGCCUGGUCCGAGUCCCACGACUCCCUCCUAGUCGCCGCCGUCGCCGACGGCUCCAUCAAGCUUUACGACCUCUCUCUCCCAGCCUCCUCCAACCCAAUUCGCUCCCUCCACGAACACACCCGAGAGGUCCAUUCCGCCGACUACAACCCCGUCCGCCGAGACUCCUUCCUCUCCUCCUCCUGGGACGACACCGUCAAGCUCUGGACCGUCGAUCGACCCACCAGCGUCCGUACCUUUAAAGAACACGCCUACUGCGUCUACUCCGCCGUUUGGAAUCCCCGCCACGCCGACAUAUUUGCCUCCGCUUCCGGGGACUGCACCGCGCGCGUCUGGGACGUGCGCGAGCCGGGUUCCACCAUGAUCCUCCCGGCACACGAAUUCGAGAUCCUCUCGUGUGAUUGGAACAAGUAUGAUGAUUGUGUGAUUGCCACUGCUUCAGUGGAUAAGUCAAUUAAGGUGUGGGAUAUUCGGAAUUUUCGGGUUCCGGUGGCUGUGCUCAAUGGCCAUGGUUAUGCUGUGAGAAAGGUGAAAUUUUCACCUCACCGGGGCAGUUUGAUUGCGUCGUGUUCGUAUGAUAUGUCGGUUUGUUUGUGGGAUUAUAUGGUGGAGGAUGCUCUCAUUGGGAGGUAUGAUCAUCAUACUGAGUUUGCAGUUGGGGUGGAUAUGAGUGUGCUUGUUGAAGGGCUUUUGGCUAGCACUGGAUGGGACGAGCUCGUAUACGUUUGGCAGCACGGGACUGACCCGAGAGCACCUUAAAAGGGAAGUUCUAAUUCCUUUGUUUUGAUUUUGGAUAGAAUUUGCAUAUUUGAAUUGAGAAAUGAUGAAUUAUGUAUACACUUGUAGUUUUUGUGUUGUGGAAUAAUUAUGAAUUUUGUUUCAGUAA